UUAUAAAUACGUCUACAUAAAACAAGCAGUGAAGCUUUGUAAGUUGCACUUUCACAAAGCAGCAAGAAUGAGAUGCAUCAUUUUUACAUUUCCAGUUCUCUUUUUGUCAUUAGAACAAACUGGUAGUGUCUAUGAUGGAAUUAUUGGAGGUCAUGAAGCCAGGCCUCACUCCAAACCAUAUAUGGCUUUCAUUACUUUUUCUCCGACUGCUGACAGUGAAAUAAAAAUGCAAUGUGGUGGAAGUCUGAUACACCCAGAGUUUGUCCUGACUGCAGCACACUGUAAGGGAUUUAACUAUAAAGUCCUUCUUGGGGCACAUGACCUAGAAAAAAUGGAUGGAAAAGAACAAGAAUCCUUUGUGGAAAAAAUAAUUCCGCAUGAAAAUUUUACAAAGGUUAAAAAAGGAGAUGACAUCAUGCUUCUAAAGAUAAUCCCAAGAGCAAAGUUAACUACUGCUACAAAUGUGACACGACUUCCGCAAAGGCAAGAUGAAGAUAUUGUAAAUCACAUUUGCAACGUUGCAGGUUGGGGAUAUAUUGAUAAUGACACACUGGCCACUAAACUUAUGGAAGUUAACUUACACAUAUUAAAUAUGAAUGCCUGUGGAAAAAAUAGUUGUUAUGCUAAGAAUAGAAUAUGUGCUGGAGAUCCGAUUGAUGGAGUCAAAAACAUAUACAGAGGUGAUUCGGGUGGUCCACUAAUCUGCAAUGGAGUGCAAGAAGGAAUUGUAUCCACUACAAAUGGAAAUGGCAAACCACCUGCGAUCUUCACAAGGGUUUCAGCCUACUUAGACUGGAUAGCAAUGAACAUUAAAAAGUUUCAGUAAAUCUUAUCACUUCCUUGACAUAUUUACCAUUUUACAACAGUUUCAAUUACAAAUUCAGAUGUACAAAUAACAUAGCUUACAAAAUAUAUAACCUCAUUAAGGAAAUAUGAGUAUGUUUGAGUAGUAAUAAACUGAGAAAAAGAAACGGAGACCAAAUAAAGAGAGAGAGAAUCCAGUAUUCAUGUUAAGUAUUAGUGAAUUAACUUUUAUGCUUUCCAAAGGACAGCUGGUGUUUCCUGUGAAGUAGGCAUAAUCCAAUUAAAUAACUAUCAGUUUAGCUCAAGUUGAGAAUGCCAUAUGAGUGCAUUCAGACAGCAAAGAACUAUGGUAAAACAGUCACAGUUAUUUAUAUUGAAUACUAGUUAACUUGAAAACUUAUACAUACAGUUUAACUUGAUGUGAUAUUAAGUCAGCUUAAAAGAGUUAAAUUACUUUACACCAAGAUAUUUCUGUGUAUCAGUGCCUGCAUCUAUGUAAAUAUUAAAUGUUUUUAGACCAACUUUUUUAUACCAUGUUAUGAAUGGCAUGUAUGUAAGUACUAACCAAAUAUAGAGUUUUCAUGUUUCCCACAGUCAGAUCCAAGCCAUGUGUGACUCAGUGGAAAGCCUUGCUGUAAAUAUGGUGAGUUCAGCGUGGGGGGCGGGAGUUAAUUUAACUAGCAUGCAGCCAUCUGCAAACAUUACAGCUUCAAUCUGUGCCCAUAUGCACAGCAGUAAGUAAGACUAUCACCCAAGGCCAUUAUUCUAGCUAUGUAUUCCAUUACUUGCAAAAAAAUGAGGAGGAAAUUAAUAACUUUCCCAGUGCCCCCUUUCUACGAGGAAGAUGAACAAGAUAUGCACAUUGGUAAGAAUUCUGGCUAGUGUAUCAUUGUAUAAUGUCUUAACUGAUAUAGUUUAAGAAAUGGGAAAGCAAACAUUUCUAAAAAAAUGUACAAUGGUACUGCCAGGACACAGAAUUACGAUCCUUUUAAAACCAAGAAAAUACAUUAAACAAGAGGUUCAAAGGUUAGUACUAAGCUAAACUACCAUUGUGGGCCACUUUAAGCCUAGCCAAUUAUUCCAUGUGAGAAUCAAACCCCACACUUUGUGUCUAGAAGGUAAACACCUUAACCACUACGCCAACUUCUCUCCUCAAGGCCCCUGUAGUCAUUUUGCUCGAACAGUGUCAUCACUGGCAUAAGAUGGCCCAAACUGGAUCUGCCCAAAACAAAUCACACCUACUAGGUACACAACAAAGCUG